AUGCCUUCCAUCCUCAACGACGAGGACAAGGAUACGGUCAAACGGUUCGUACCGAAGCAGUCCAACAAAAUCCAAGCCGUCGCCGUCGCGAGGCUCUACGUUGCCUACCCGAAUCGUUCGAAAUGGAACUACACAGGCCUGCAGGGUGCCGUCGUCCUCGCCAAUGACCUCGUCGGCAACACCUACUGGCUGAAGAUGGUCGACAUAUCGCCCUCGGCACGGGGAGUUGUCUGGGACCAGGAGAUUUUCGAUAGCUGGGCCUACAACCAGGACAGAACCUUCUUCCACACCUUCGAGCUCGAGGACUGCCUGGCCGGCCUGAGCUUUGUCGACGAGAAAGAGGCGAAGCAGUUCAAGAAGAAGAUGGACGAGCGCGAAAAGAACGCGAGCCGGGCGACGCGCUCCACCCCCUUCGGCGGCAGCGGAGGCGCGCAACCGACGCACAAGCACAGCCUGCUCGGCGGCCUGUUCCAUCGUCACUCGUCAGCACCGUCGCCUUCCCACGCGCCUCAAGCGGGUGCCCGCCCCUCUCUGUCGCAAGCGUCGUCGAUACCAUCGCUGAACCAGGGGGACGGCCUGUCACCUUCGGAGUUUGCCUUGCUCGAUACUUUCGAUCCGCUAUGGCGGGAACACUUCGGCCAAGACCUUCGAGACAAGGGGCUGACGGAUGAUUUUAUACGAGACAACCAGGAAUUCAUCGUCGACUUUCUGAGAGAGGAGCAGGCGAAGAUGGGUCAGCAGAGGAGAUCGCCUUCCUCUGCACACUCCGGGCCUCACGCGCCGCCUCCUCCGCCACCGACGAACGGCAACGGGCGCGCUCCUCCGCCACCACCCCCGGGUGCGGCGACGGCGACUUCGCCAACCUCGGCGAGAAGAGGUGUCCCCCCCCCUCCGCCUCCGGCCCCGAGAAGAUCUGGAAAGUCGGAACAGGCACUACGGGAACCUAGCCCUCCGGCAGAGCUCCCAUCCCACCGGCCCAGGUUUAACGCUCCGCCUCCUCUUCCAGAGGCUGGCAGGUUCGCGCACGUGGAAAAAGCAAGGCCGGCAGUCGCCGACAAUCCCGGACCUCCACCGCCGCCGAGACCGGCCAAGACGCCCCUCGAUGGCGAGAACGGCGGUCCCAAGUUCCACGCCCCUCCUCCUUUCACGGGCCAGCGUCUCCCGCCGCCUACGCCAAACAGGAGCCCCGUACCGCCGCCUCCGCCGCCUCGCAGCAACGACCAUCACGGCGCCAUGGCGGCGCACCCGGCCGCACCUCCUCCGCUGCCACCCAAGGUCGCAAACCGAAAUUCUCCGCCGCCGCUGCCGCCGCCCGGUACGAGGCCUGCCCCCCCUCCGAUUGCCAUGGACGUGCCGCCGCCGCCUCCGCCUCCGCUGCCUUCGUCGAACCGGCCCCCCCCUUGCCGUCGUCGAGUGCCCCUCCACCACCGCCGAUGCUGUCUCCAACCCCCGGUGGUCCACCACCACCGCCGCCACCGAUGCUGUCUCCAACUCCUGGAGGUCCUCCUCCGCCGCCGCCAAUGUCGUCUCCGACUCCUGGUGGUCCUCCGCCGCCCCCGCCGCUUCCCCCUCCAUCGAUGCCACCUUUGUCCGGAGCGGUCCCUCCUCCACCACCCCCUCCGCCGACGUUGCCAACGACUGGAGGUGGUCCGCCUCCGCCUCCUCCGCCUCCGCCGCCGGCCCCGAAUCGGGAUUCGGGUUACUCUUCCAGCGUACCUGCUCCGGCGUUGCCGGGCGCGGACAAGGGCCGAUCGGCGAUGCUGGGCGAUAUUCAGAAAGCAGGCGGAAUCGGCUCUCUCAAGAAGGUCGAUCGAUCGCAGAUCCGAGACCGAAGCUCCGUACAGGUCGGAGGCAGCAGCGAUACCGGACCUCACGGAAGUGGCCUCCCGCCCGCUGGCGUUGUUCCCGGCAGUGGCGGCGGUGGCGGCAUGGCCGACGCGCUGGCGGCAGCGCUGCAGAAGAGAAAGGAGAAAGUCAGCAAGAGCGGCAAGUAUACCCGUCGGCGAGCGAUUCUGGCCAAGGCUAACUUGCGGCAACAGACGAUGA